AUGCUCGGCACCGCGCUCCUCGUCCUCGUCGUCCUCCUCUGGGUCGCAGCCAGCUUCCUCAUGAACAUCGUCUUUACCGACAUGGCCUACGACAAGCCGUUCCUCGUCACGUGGCUGUGCACGGCCUCGUUCUCGCUGUACCUCGUCCGCCCAGGGUGGCGCCUCGCCCGCCCGCACUUGCGCGGCCGCCGCGACACGAACCGCUCCCUGUCGCGUGUCCGUCCCUCGCGCAACGACAUGGGCCGAUACCUGCCCGCCGUGCCCGUCGUCGCCGUCGACCCGCCGCUCACGACGCGCGAGACGGCCCUCCUGAGCCUGUUGUUCUGCGGCCUGUGGUUCGCCGCCAACUGGGCCAUGAACGCCGCGCUCGGGUUCACGAGCGUCAGCAGCACGACGAUCCUCAGCUCGAUGAGCGGCUUCUUCACGCUCGCGGCGGGCGCGUGCGCCGGCGUCGAGAGCUUCUCGGUCGGCAAGCUCGUCAGCGUCGCCCUCAGCAUCACUGGCGUCACGAUCGUCUCGCUCAGCGACUCGAAGCUGCCCGCCCGCCCCGUCGAGCCGGCGUCGUCCAACCCGCUCCUCGGCGACGCGCUCGCCCUCCUGUCGGCCCUCGCCUACGCCGCCUACGUCCUCCUCCUCAAGGUCCGCAUCCGCAACGAGCAGCGCGUGUCCAUGACCCUCUUCUUUGGCUUUGUCGGCCUGUUCAACAUCCUCCUCAUCUGGCCCGUCGGCGUCCUCCUGCACCUCCUCGGCGUCGAGACGUUCGAGAUGCCCCACGGCAAGCUCCUGUGGGCCAGCCUGCUCGUCAACGCCGCCAUCACCUUCGUCUCGGACGCGCUGUACCUGCGCGCCAUGCUCCUCACCUCGCCCCUCGCCGUCACGCUCGGCCUGUCGCUCACGAUCCCGCUCGCACUCGCGGGCGACGUCCUGUUUCGGCGCUCGGGCGAGCCAACGUCGCUCGCGUCGCUCGUCGGCGCCGCACUCGUCCUCGGGUCGUUUGUCGCAAACGGCGUGCUCGACUUGAGGGAGGCCGAGCGCGAGACGGAAGAGCUCGAGGAGGGCGCGAGCGUCGCGGUUGCUGAGGAGGAGGAGGAGGAGGAGGACGCCGUGGGAGAGGGCGAGGACGAGCGAGAGAGGCUGUUGAGCAGGAGGGCGAGCAUGGAGGAGGAGGAGCGAGGAGGACGAGGAACGGGACCUGGGAGGCAACUAGAUUAGAGCCUCGCCCUGUACUGUACUACCUGCGCGAC